UUCAGCAAUAGAAAAAAAAUCAUCACUAAAAGAUAUUUCAUCACUUAAAAACAAUCAUAAGAUAUGUAAUACCCCAAAAUUUUGUGAUAUUUUAGCAUUAAGUUAAGGACCUUUGUGUGAGAAAAUAGUGUUUUGGGGCUUAAUGAUCAAAAUGUCCAAACUUGAGGGACUUAAAAAGAAAGGAAAUUAGGAUAGGGAUGGCUGAGUUGUUCUUUCUUUUUCUUCUUCCUUAUCCGCGCAUCUGCUCUUCUUUCUUCUCCCCUGCACCCGACAAGCCCCCCUCCAGCCACCGACGCACUCCUCUUGAGAAAUUCGGCAAAAGGCUUGAAUUUUCCUCUUCUUUUCUUGUUAAAUCACAAGAUUUGCGGCUUAGAAUCUUCCCUCUCAACCCAGAAAAUCCCGGUUCUGCUCUGCUCUUCUCCCCUGUCCGCCGGCUGCUAUGUGGGUGGGAGAUUUUGGGCCUUUUUCUGAAUUUUGAUAGAUUUCCCGUGAGCUUUCUUCUUCCAUGCCGCCGGCCUUUCCCCAAUCUGCAGCUCCUGUUUUAGCUAGAGAAUUAUGGUAUGUGACAGCCUUUUAAGGCUUAAAUUGUUCAUUUAGUUUGCUGGCUGUGUAUGUCCGAAUUUUGCUAGAAAAAUGGGGAAGAAUUUGAUAGCUUUAGGACCAUGAUUGAGCUUAAUUGACGUGGGAUUUAUGUGAUUGAGUGUUAAUUGACUACUGUGUGAUUUUUGGAGAAAAUCCCGUGAAUUAGCUAGUGUUUUGGCCAAUUUUGGAAGUGCAGUUACUGUUCAUGGGUACUGUUCAUGGGUACUGUUCACAGAACACUGUUCACACCCCGAGAUUCAACGAUUAACGGAGAUUUAAAUGAUUAGUUUGUGAUAUAAGAACGAAAUUGGAGAUAUCUGAUAAUGUGGAGAUUGAUAGGAAAUAGCAUUGUGAUUAGGGGAUGAUCCUAAUGAUGAUUUCAGUUUGAAUUUGUGAUAGUCCAGUAAUUAAUUCGUGGAUUCUUGAUCGUUCUGUCAGUUUAGUACGUGACUUGAGUGCUCGGUUUUGCGGAGUGAGGUAAGUAAUUUAUGGUAAUGCCCGUACUGUUUUAAAAGCAUGUUUUGAUUUGUUUUUGAAGUGGUGGCGAGACUAAACCCGUUUGAAGUGAAAUGUUUUAUGCUUUUCACUAAAUUGAGUAUGCCUAC